UUCCUACGGUCCGUGAACGCGUCACGCAGCCCGUUUAAACGCUGCGGCUCCGUUUCCUCCGCUCAGUGAGAGCCGCGGCAGCAAGCUGCAGUCCGCCGGGAGGUCGUUUGAUACGAGGUCGGAAAAACUUUAAAAACGCUCACUUCCUGUCGCCGACCUGCGCCCGCUGCCAGCCGCCUGCAGAGAGACGGCGACACGCUGCAGCACGCACUGCGAGGAAACCUGGAAAACUCCUGAUUUAACCUGGAAAACUCCUGAUUUAACCUGGGAAACUCCUGAUUUAACCUGGAAACAUCCUGAUUUUUCCUGGAGGAGCCAUCAUCAGACAUGUCUCCUUUCCUGCGGAUCGGCUUCUCCAACUUUGAGAUCGAUCCCAGCUUGGCGUACUAUGAAGAGGUGCUGAACCCGUACUGCGCCGUCUACAUGAAGGAGGCCGUGGACACAGAGAAGGGACAGGUGUACAAGCAGAAGAAACCCACCAUGUACCCGCCGUGGAGCUCCACGUUCGACGCCCACGUCCACCGCGGCCGCAUCAUGCACGUCAUGGUGAAGGACCGGACGGCCGAGCUGCGGUCCGAGGCCACCGUGGCGCUGGACUCCCUGGCCACGCGCUGCAAGAAGGAGAACGGCAAGCUGGAGAUCUGGCUGGAGAUGAAGCCGCAGGGCCGCCUGCUGAUGGAGGCCCGGUAUUACCUGGAGAAGAGCGACGCUGCGGGUCUGGCCGGCGCCGACCCGGACUCGGAGUGCGGCAGAGACGGCCUGUUCACCCUACAUCAGCGGCGCGGCGCCAUCAAGCAGGCCAAAAUUCACCUGGUGAAGUGUCACGAGUUCAGCGCCACCUUCUUCCCUCAGCCCACCUUCUGCUCCGUCUGCAAGGAGUUCGUCUGGGGUCUGAACAAGCAGGGCUACCAGUGCAGACAAUGCAACGCUGCCAUCCACAAGAAAUGCAUCGACAAGGUCAUUGCCAAAUGCACCGGGUCGGCGGUGAACAGCAAGGAGACCAUGAUACAUAAGGAGCGCUUCAAGAUCGACAUGCCGCACCGCUUCAAGGUGUACAACUACAAGAGCCCCACCUUCUGCCAGCACUGCGGCACCCUGCUGUGGGGGCUGGCCAAGCAGGGGCUGAAAUGUGAGGAGUGCAGCAUGAACAUUCACCAUAAAUGCCAGAAGAAGGUGGCGAACCUCUGCGGCGUCAACCAGAAGCUGAUGGCUGAAGCUCUGGCCGUCAUCGGGAGCCAGCAGCAGAAGCAGCAGAAUCUACCCGACUCCUACGAGAAGGGAACGCCUCACACGGCUGCAAAAUCGUCUCAUAAUGAGUCAGAUUUCCUGGCGAGAAGUACUAAAGACGGUGACAUCAUGGGUCGAGAAGGUCCGGUGGGCAUUGGCCAGCCGGGCGUAGUGCGGGUGCCGUCCGGGUUGGUACCGGGUCUGCCCGUCACACAGGUGCCUGCUAGCAAAGAUCCGAUGGGCGUUUUGUGGGAGGGGCCGACCGAGGUGAGCAGGCCGGCCCUGGAGGCGGCCCCAGAGGAGCCGCUGUACGCCGUCCCAAAGAAGGACCAUCAGCCGAAGUUCAACAUCGACGACUUCGUCCUGCACAAGAUGCUGGGCAAAGGAAGCUUCGGAAAGGUGUUUCUGGCCGAGCUGAAGAGGAGCGGGAAGUUUUUUGCUGUGAAGGCUCUGAAGAAGGACGUGGUGCUGAUGGACGACGAUGUGGAGUGUACGCUGGUGGAGAGGAGGGUUCUGUCUCUGGCCUGGGAGAACCCGUUCCUCACACACCUGUACUGCACCUUCCAGACCAAGGAGAACCUCUUCUUUGUGAUGGAGUAUCUGAACGGAGGAGAUCUCAUGUUCCACAUCCAGACCUGCCACAAGUUCGACCUGCACAGAGCCACGUUCUACGCAGCCGAGAUCGUCUGCGGCCUCCAGUUCCUGCACUCCAAAGGAAUCAUCUACAGAGACCUGAAGCUGGACAACGUCCUGCUGGACUCGGACGGACACAUAAAGAUCGCCGACUUCGGGAUGUGUAAGGAGAACAUGCAGGACGACCUGCAGACCUCCACCUUCUGCGGGACGCCGGACUACAUUGCCCCGGAGAUCCUGCUGGGCCAGAAGUACAACAGCUCGGUGGACUGGUGGUCCUUCGGGGUUCUGCUCUACGAGAUGCUGAUCGGUCAGUCGCCAUUCCACGGCCGCGACGAGGAGGAGCUCUUCCAGUCCAUCCGGACCGACUCGCCCGUCUAUCCCAGCUGGCUCACCAAGAUGGCCAAAGACAUUCUGGUCAAGCUGUUUGUCCGGGAGCCAGAGGAACGACUGGGAGUGAAGGGAAGCAUCCGGCAGCACGGCUUCUUCAGCAGCAUGGACUGGAGCGCCCUGGAGCAGCGGCAGGUGGCGCCGCCCUUCAGGCCCACGCUGACGUCACCAAGCGACUGCAGCAACUUUGACAAAGAGUUCAUCAACGAGAAGCCGAAGCUGUCGUGUGCCGACCGGACGCUCAUCAACAGCGUGGACCAGACCAUGUUCAGGAACUUCUCCUUCGUCAACCCAGGGAUGACCCGCAUCGCCGCCCGCUGACCCAAAACACAAAGGGUCGACCCACAUCGCCACCCGCUGACCCAAAACACCAACACUUACUGAAACAGAGUCAAACUAAAUCUCCAGACUGUGAAUGGAGAUUUACCCCAGUGGGGUUGAAGAACCCGUCAGCCCCACUGGGACUGGACUGUGGAACCAGGCAGGUCCGGUUUGUUCUGAGGUUCCUGCUGACUGCUAACUGUGAUCCUCCUGAGACCCAGAUCCAUUUUCUCCUCAUUAGAACUGUUUAUGGACUUAUAAUGAAUCUCAAUGCAUUUCUUUUCCAGACCGCCUCAGAACCCUGAAGGCUUUAAUUUCUCAUUUAUUCAUGGAUUUCAUGUUUUCCUCGGGGAGAGCGGUCUGUUCAUUUGAACUGAUGUUCCUCCAGCUGCGUCACAUCCUUCUCUGAAUCCAGGUGUGUUGAAGCACAGACACAUCUAAAGUAGCAGGACUGAUUUAGAAAAGGGGUCUACAUCAAUGUUCCAGACAAUUUACAUGAAAACAAAUUUUUCUAAUUUAACACAAGACGUUCAAAAGUGAGUAAAUUAGUGGGACUUGAAAAACUUUAAUCGAGUUACAGCACAGUUUGUAAUUAAUCACAUUUAAUUACAGAUGUAUCUACCAAAUAUGCAACAUUAUUAUUUCAAAAGCAGUUUUUGCUGCUAAUUUAUUGAAUAAAUAGACAUAUAACCUCAAUAACACAUAUAUAGUUUGUAAUCUCUUAGGUUAUUAAACCAUCAGCUUUCAACUGAUUCAUGGAACUAAUUAAAAAAAUAAUUCUGUAGGAAUGCAGAAGCUGACAUUAUUAGGGACGUCUGAGCUGCUGCUACAUGUUUAGCAUGGAAAUGCUACUUAAGGCUUAAAAAGCUUCGCCGAUAGGCUAACUCCUUUUAGCACAAUUUAAACACAACAAUAGUCUUUUCCAGCGUCCCAUCAUGUCUGCUUGAAACAGAAAUUAACCGCCAGUGGGCCGAGAGAAGCGGCUUUGUCGUCCAUCGCUGUUAGCGAAUGUCGCUUGUGCGUCAGAUUUACGGACGUACCAGAAACGCGCGGUCGCCGGAACCUUCGUAUGAAAAACAAAAUGCGGCUAACAUAUUUAACGCGUUAAAAUCCGUCAUUAAUGAUCGACAAUAACGCGUUAAAGUCCCGAGCCUAAAAUGAAAACAAUAAUCGGUCUGAUAUUCAGCUGCUGUUAGCGGCCGCAACUAUAUUUCUAUUUAUUCGGUUAGCAUUAGCUAACAGAGUAACUCUGGAUUAGCAUUAAUCUAGUAACAAGACAACUCUCCUUCAGCUGGUUUACUGGACCAUAUGGAUCACAUUGGACCGCAGUUACGGGAAAUAAAUACCUCUAAAAGUAAAAUAAGAGCCUGAAUGUGGUGCUGAUGACUGAGGUUAAGACAGUUUAUUCCUCCGUUUGUAUGUUCAUGAAACAUGUCAGACUUUUCUCCUCUGGGUCUCAGGAGGGUUUCUGUUUCCUCAUAAUGUGUAAAUAAAACUUACAUGUGAUGAAUUUGGCUUGAGAUAAACUUGGAUGUAAAUAAGUGAGUUGUACUGUAGUCAUGUGGAUGGUUUCACUCCAGAUCCUGAACAUUAAUAUUAAUAAAGUAAGUUUGUUUUUAAAUGUUU